AGAGCAGUGCUUGGUUGGAUGUGAGCGCCACAGAUCUGUCUCUACUUCCAGAGCGAAGAUGGCGGUCUCGGUAUUCCGUGGCGUGCGGCUUCUCUCCAUUGGAGACGCGAAUGGAGAUAUACAGCGGCACUCAGAGCAGCAGCCGCUGCGGUUAGAAGUGAAGACAUCACAAGAUGCUGCCCUCCUCAAUCUCUCCAAUGGAGACGAGGCGAGUGUGUUCAAAUGUUCGGUUUCCAGGGAGACGGAGUGCAGUCGCGUGGGGAAGCAGUCAUUCAUCAUCACAUUGGGCUGUAACAGUGUGCUGCUGCAGUUCUCCUCACCUACAGACUUUCAGUCUUUUUAUAACGUGCUGAAGAACUGUCGUGGGCAUAUUGGAGAGCAAUCUGUCUUCAGUGAAAGAACAGAGGAGUCCUCUGCUGUACAGUAUUUCCAGUUUUAUGGCUACCUCUCCCAGCAACAGAACAUGAUGCAGGACUAUGUUCGGACAGGGACUUACCAGCGGGCUAUUCUCCAGAACCACACUGACUUUAAGGACAAGGUGGUGCUGGAUGUGGGUUGUGGCUCGGGAAUCCUCUCUUUCUUUGCAGCUCAAGCUGGAGCCAGGAAGGUGUACGCUGUAGAGGCCAGCACCAUGGCACAGCACGCCGAGGUGCUGGUGAACAGCAACCGUCUGGGGGAGCGUGUGGCCGUCAUUCCGGGCAAAGUAGAGGAGGUGACGCUGCCGGAGCAAGUUGACAUCAUCAUUUCAGAGCCAAUGGGUUACAUGCUGUUCAAUGAGCGCAUGCUGGAGAGCUACCUGCAUGCUAAGAAGUUCCUCAAACCUAAUGGUAAAAUGUUCCCCACUAUUGGAGAUGUCCACCUGGCCCCCUUCACAGAUGAGCAGCUGUACAUGGAGCAGUUCACCAAAGCCAACUUCUGUUUGACCGUUUGCAUCAGCGAGGGAUCUCAAUAUUUACUUCUUAACAGACAAAGCUACGACAUCAGUAUUGUUGCCCAGGUGGACCAGACAGGAUCAAAGUCCAGCAACCUCCUGGACUUGAAGAACCCCUUUUUCAGGUACACAGGCACUACCCCCAACCCCCCUCCUGGCUCACACUACACCUCCCCGUCUGAGAACAUGUGGAACACAGGGGCAGCCUACAACAUGAGUCAGGGGAUGGCUGUAUCAGGGAUGCCCGCAGCUUAUGACCUCAGCACAGUCAUCGGCAGCGGCCCGUCAGUGUCUCACAACAACCUCAUCCCCCUGGUGAACACAGGGAUUGUAAAUCAUACCCACUCCAGGAUGGGCUCAAUCAUGAGCACAGGAAUUGUCCAGGGAGCCACUACGGGUCAGUCCGGCCCCAGUAGCAGCGGUACUUACUAUCCUGUCACCAACCAGUUCACCAUGGGGGGCGCUGCCAUCUCCAUGGCCUCACCUAUGGUCAUCCCUAGCAACACCAUGCAUUAUGGCAGUUAAGAUGAAGACCUCGCAAAGACCUCCUAUGCCCCCGCAUGAGAAGAAUCCCCCUCCCCCCUUCCCCUCCCCAACCCAGAUUGAUCACCAACUGCAGCCAAAACCAGUAUACCAAAACCAGCUCUGUGCUGGAGAUUCCUUUUUGUUCGACACCCUCUUUCUGCUGUUGAAUCAUCGCUAGAUGAACGGUUGAAAACUCUCGUUUCCGUCCAGACUCUUGUCUUUCCGAAAGCCGAAGCCUUCCUUUUCCCCCUCCCUCACUGGGACUGUAUCAUCUGAGAUGCACAGCAGUUUAUCAUCUGACCUCCCUGGGUUUCCACCCUCCUUCAAUAUGUAUUUCAAUCCCUCCACCUCCCUUAUUUUCACUUUAUAGCUCAUUAUUUAGAUGUCACGACCCUGCGAGUGUUUGUCUUUCCUCAAGAAUCCGCUUGUUGUCAGAUACCAGCAUCGGUCCGCUCCCGUGGUUCUCCACACCUCCACACCAGUGAUGCUGAAGCUUUUCACUUGUGCAGUAGGACACUGUAAUCAUGAUCAUCAUCACUGCGUCUCUACAGGUGCCACCUUAGCUUUUCAUACUGGAUCCAGCCAAGUUCCCUCCACACUUCCCCAGAGACUGAGCUGUGCCGAAUGAAACAGCCCCCUCAAAUCAUUAAACAAACGGCAUCUUGCUUACUCCUACUCAUACAGUUUGGGUUUAGGAGGAGGAGGAUGGAUCACAAACUGAAGCCAUCUACAAGUCUUGGCACCCAGAGGAGGAGAAAUAUUUUUUUUGUGUUUUAUUGUUUUGUUUUUUUUAGUGGCUUGGACAGGCUGACCCUCAGAGUUCUGCUUGGAAGCAUCGGUGUUGCUCUAUCACCUUCCAUGCUGAGUCAUGAUAACGGAGCGUCUCAGCGUCUGCUAUAAGUUGCUGUUUGUUGACAUCACCAGUCUUUUAAAAUGAUGGCAUUCUCCAAUUCAGACAGGUUACCUUUCCGUUAAUGUUGUUCAGCGUCUCAUUCAGACAAAUCCACAAUAUGUACACAGCGUCGCCCGUAUGUGGAGCCAGCACUUGACCCCAUUUCUAAAUGUUUAGGUCUCUCUGCUGUUGUCAGAGUUGUAACCUUGUGUGUUUCUAUCAGUAAAUGUGACUACACUGAGACUUGUGUGAUGAUAUAAGUGAUGCGUAAAUGUUUCUAGGCCUUAUAAGAUGACUCACUGUGGUUAAUAUCUGAACAGGAAACUUGAAGAUGCCCUCAGGUUAAUGGAAAAGAGCGACUGAAUGGUUGGGGCUUUUCAGUAAAUGCUCCUGUGUGCGCUGCUUCUCAGUGCUAGCAUGAUUACUACCAUUCAUUGCGGCUGCGCGUGCUGUUAGGGUUAGAGUCCUACUUACCCACGGGUGUUGCAGACUAAAGUUGGGAUGCUAACUUACCUCAUCUUUGCAUAAUACCACUUUGUUCUACUACUACUUCCUGUUUUUCAUAUUAAGAAGUAGUAGAACUGUUCAGAUUACCGAGUCACACCUUCUAAAAACAGUAGGUGUCUUAGAUGGAUUUAAUAUCUUUAGCACAGGAAAAUAAAACUUGAGGAAUCUGAUGCUUUGACGAGCAGCAGUAGGAUGCUGUGUCUGCACAGGACAUUUCCAGCUCUGUCCUCAUUGUGGCAUUGCUGGGUUUGAGCACCGUCCAAAGUGAAUACAAAAAUUCAACAAGACACCAUUGGAGGAGUUGCAGGAAGAUUUUUUUGUCCAGUCUUUAUUUCGUGUUAUACAACUGAAUUUAGCAUGAAGUUCACACAUUGAAAUUCAUGUUUUUAAAUCAGAGUUUUAAGGUAAAUCUGUAUUUGAGCUGAUGACCUGUUUGAUCCUGUUGGGUUCUUCACAUUCCAGAUGAACAUGUUUGUCACCAUUGUAAACGGCUUCAGCUCGAUAUGAAAGGGUUUCUGAUCAGUGCGUGAACUGUACGACACUUAAAGUGGUGGUAGUAGUCAUAGAUGGUCAGGAGAUGGUAAACUUACAGCAGUUCACUCAUCCACAUCGAUCUGUAAUUACGGCUCUGUUAUAGUAGUCAGCUUUAUCCUUGGCUUGCUUCAGAGUUGUGGAUAGUUGAACUUGUUCUCGGCCACUUUACAGCACAGAGUUAUUUUUGGCGGCCACCAAAUUUUGGCUUUUGUUGGUCUGUGGUUGCCAAAUAGCUGCUAGCUGCUUGCCAUGUCUCUUUAGGGACUCGUGGAAGAUUUGAUUGUUUCUCGUACCCAACAUGGAAGGUGACGGAUCGCACAGUCUGAGAGAAGCUAGAACAUUUCAGCUCUGUCAGCCUAAAAUAUGAAAUGCACUUUCUGCUGCUCCUCUUGUUUUCUGCACCCAGAAGGUUUUUUGUUUUUUGUUUAAAAAUCAGAAUAAAUUGCAGCAGCUUCUUGCCAGUCAGGCAUUUGUUGAGCCAGAUUGCUUCGGUGCAGUUGGAGGAAGAUUUGGAGAAUGAACCAGUAAAGACCAAUGACCCAGGAUGCAGCCAGCUGGCUAGCGGGAAAAGAAAAGCUGUGCCGGACCGGCAACGUCCUAGUUUACAUCUUUGUUUCCUUUGCCUGACGCUCCUCCCAACCUCCCUUUGAGACUGUGAGACUGUCACAAGUAGACUUCAAUGACACGGCGAGGGAGAAGGGGCCGGUACGCCUCUCUCCUCGUCUGUUCAAUGUGUAUGACCUCCAACAUAUCAUUGCCCCAACACACACACCCCUGCCCACACCCCCUUUUUAUCAGUCAAGGAAAGAAAGACUGACACAUUUAUGCAUUGCUUCCAGUGUCACAACUAUUGGAAUUUGAGUUAGUAGGAGUGCUGAGGGGGGAAAAUGUCUGUUUGUAGGAAUAACCUUUUUGGUUUUCUUGAUAUUUUUUUUCUUUAUUUCACAAAAAAAGCAAACAAGGAAAAAAGCGCAAAUUAAAUGUUGUGGAAAUGUUUCAAAACCAUCCUGGAGUCAGGUGUUGUAGUACUUUAAUUUGUUACCUUCUACUUUGUUAAAUAGACUGUGGAUACAACAGAUGUUUACCAUGUUGUAGCUGCUCUAUAGCCA